UUUCUUUGCGGUCCUACUUUUUAUGCGCAAAAAGUGAAGAAUAAUUCGCUCCGUUCAGACGAAUUUAACAGAAUUUACACAUGAAUCUCAUUCGCCAAUAAAUCAAAAACCGCAUUUAACCGUGCAGAAACUGAAAGUCCGUGGAAAACGCAACAUAGCAGGGAUAGUGCUCCAUUAAACCAGCUGGAAAAUCGAAUGAAAAACGACUUCCGCAGACGUCGAAAAGUGCCACAUAAAAGAAAUAGGUGAAAUAAACAAAUAAACGACGGUGGUGACUCGAUAAACAAAACCGAGGAGUAAACCCCAUCCAACCAACGAACAGCUGGGGAAGGGGAAGGAGGAGCGGCACACCUCGCCGUGUUGUCAUGCAUUUUGUCACACAGCAACGGGCACAACAGCAGCACCACAAGUCCUCCACCUCCUCGUCCAGCUCCUCGCUGGCCUCCAGUUCCUCGUGCUCCGGACAAGGAUCGGUAUCGGGAUCGGCAUCGGCAUCCGGAUCGCUACUCGGACUAGGAUCCACCUCGCGCUUUGCCUCCCUGCGCAAGUCCUCCAGCCAGGGUGCCCUGCCCAAGUCCUUGGCCACCGCCCACAGCUUCUUCCAUCGCCCCUCGUCCUCGCAGGGCAAGCACAAGCGCACCGCCAGCCUAAAUGCGACGCCCAUGAUUAAAGAUAGUGAUAAAACCAACCCAACAACAUCAAGUGUAACCAUAAUCGCUACGACUGCCGAAAGUUCGAGCAGUAGUAAAACCCCUGCCAAUGCCAACAUGAUACCCGAGACCACCCAGCCCGAUCAGCUCCAGUCACAGUCACAGACACACACCCAGCUCCAGCCACAAAGCCAGUCUCAAUCGCCGUCACAGUGCCAGCUGGCGCAGGAGAAUCCCGACAAUCUCCAGCAGCAAUCGCAGCCGGAGGAGGAGAAGCAGGCGGAGGCGCCUGGUAGCAAUGGUGGCGACAGGCGCGAUUCGAUUACCGAGGAGAUCACAAUAACGAGCACCACAAACAGCAGUCUAAGCACCAAACUCCUGACCAUUCAGGAAGCUGCCGGCAGCUUUGAGCAGAGCAGCGUCUCCAUAUCGACGUCCUCCAAACAGAUCGCUUCCACCGCAGCCGGCGGAUCGCCAUCAGCUGCUGCAGCUCCAGGUGCCAAUGACUCCAACGGCAGCGUCCUCCGUUUAGUCCAGGUCGCCACUUCCACUAGUCCCGGCUCUAUCUCGAGUGCAGCUCCAUCAGGAUCCGCCCCGAGCAUUAACAUCGUAUCCAGCGAUUCCCCGCGGGAUCAGUCACAACAGCCGCAGGGCGUCGACUCCAACGGCGUUGCUGCUCCAGGCGACAGUCCCAGCAGCCGCAAGAGCUCCACCAGCUCCAAGGGCAAGGCCAGCCAGGCAAAGCUUUCCACAUCCAGCAGUGGACGCGAUGAGCAGGACAUCUCGCAGCACCGGCUGAGCGAUCUCACCCAGCACGAGCUGAGCCUGCUGCGCGUCGACCGGGAGCAACAGGUGACCAGCAGCAGUUCCACCUCCAACGAGAAGCCGGCCAAGCCGUCGCGGCUCUCGGAGCGGGCCAAGAAGAAGUCGUGGUACAACGUCAUCUAUCCCAACUACAAGUCGCGGGCCGAGGACUUCAAGAAGCUCUUCAAGGACGUGCCCAACGACGAGCGCCUGAUUGUGGACUACUCGUGUGCCCUACAACGCGACAUUCUCGUCCAGGGCCGACUGUAUGUGUCGCAGAACUACGUCUGCUUCCACGCGAACAUCUUCAGCUGGGAGACGUACUUGAGCAUCAAGUGGAAGGAUGUGACGGCCAUUACCAAGGAGAAGACAGCACUGGUCAUACCGAAUGCCAUUUCGAUAUCCAGCGGCAAGGACAAGUACUUCUUUGCCACGUUCACCUCGCGCGACAAGAGCUUCUUGAUGCUCUUCCGCGUCUGGCAGAACACGCUGAUGAACAAGCAGUUUUCGCCACAGGAGAUUUGGAAGCAUGUGCACACCUGCUACGGCGACGAGCUGGGCCUGACCACCGACGACGAGGACUACAUUGAUCCCACGCUGAACAACGACAACGAGCCGGACUUCGACUUCCAGACGGCCAUCGAUGACGAUAGCAACUCGCAGCGCCAGUCGCAGCAGUCGAACCAAUCCAACCAGUCGAAUCCCCUGCUUCCCCAGAGCGGAAACAGCAGUGCCAGCAGCGGCGGCGGCGUCCGCGCAUCUGCCCCCCGCAAGUCGAAGACGAAAUAUUUCUUCAAUUCCUCCAAGUCAUCGGCCAACGCCUCGGCCAGCGGAUCGGAUAACAAUAAGACCAGGGAAAGCUCUCGCAAAUUGAACAAGAAGAUGAAACAGAAUGCCAAGGAGCUGACACUCAGCUCCGUGAAACCGACGGAGCUGUCGGUGAGCGUCACCAUGAACGCUCCCAGCGCCAGCAGCAGCAGCACAGCGGGCUCCACCACUGCCUCCUCCUCCACCAUUGCCAACCACACGGGCUCUGGCUCCGGAUCGGGAUCUCUGUCGGGUUCAAACACGGCGGCAGCCAGCGGCAGUGGCAGCGACAAGAUGAGUGCGGAGAAGAAGGUCAGCACGGUUUCCAACUCGGCCGCAGUGGCAGCUGCAAACGCCGCCCAAUCACAGGCUAGUGCCAGUUCCGGGUCAGGAUCAUUGGAGUCCAAGCUGGAGAUAAAGCGAAAGCUGGGAAAAAUUCAUCGCCAACGCGAAGAGGGCAAAAAUGCAGCCGAAAGUGUGCCGACAGAUGUCUCCGACUCGUCUGAUUCCGAGGAGAACAACUUGCCAUUUGUGCCCACCACAGAGUGCACCUCGACGCACGAGGGCCGCCAGAUCGUGCACACCAUUCUGCCAAUCAACGUGGACACCUUGUUUAAUCUACUGUUCAGCAAGUCGAAAUUCAUAACUGACUUCCAUGCCAUGCGCAAGUCAACGGACCUCGUGUUGGGCGAGUGGAGCAAGAACGAGGAGGGCCUGCAAGUGCGCACAGUGAACGUCACCGUUCAAUUGGCCGCCUCUGUGGGACCCAAGACCUCAAAGGUAACCGAGUACCAAACGCAGCGAGAGUGUAGCAAGCCGGGCGAACUGUAUUCCAUAGACGUAAAUAGUGUUAAUGCAGGCAUUCCAUACGCGGACAGUUUCAGUGUGCUCAUUCACUUCUGCCUGGCCAGAACUGUCGAUGAUCACACUAUGCUCUCAAUUCACACCCAGAUCAAGUACAAGAAGUCGAUCUGGGGCGUUGUCAAGGGCUUCAUUGAGAAGAACACGUGGGCGGGCCUGGAGGACUUCUUUGGCGCUCAAUUGCAUGCGCUCCAGAGCGAGACCUGCAUUCCACCUGCCAAGGGAAAGGGACGGAGACCGCGGAGAGGCAUGAAUCAGCAAUCCGCCACAUCCACGUCGACCACCUCCAUCACGACAGGUGCCCUCCAUACAGCCACCAGUACGGACAAUGACAGCAUCCAAGAGUCGCGACAUUCCCAUCAGCAGGAACAGCAUCAGCACCAGCACAUGCACAUGCACCAUCAUCAUCACCAUCACCACGGUAGUCAGCAUCACCAUCACGAUCCCAGGCACUCCCACCAUCAUCAGCCUCUGCUUCCCCAUCAUCACCAGCAUCCUCACCACUGGCAUCACCGUAAGGCUCUACUGCAGUCCAGCAGAGGUACCGCCACCCAAAUUCGCCCUCUGGAGGAGGCAGUUGGUCCGGCCCCAGCCGGUGAUCCCCUGGAGACCCAAAUGCUGUCCGCGGGUAGCAUUCCUGGGGCGGCAGCCGGCGCCGCCGCCGGUCAUCCGCUGCUGCUCGAGGGCGGCAAGCAGCAGCAGCUCCACCACCAGCAGCAAAUGCACCAUCACCACCUACAGCCGCACAAGCAGCACCUACAGCAGCAGCAGUUGCAUCUGGGCGGCGGCGACGGCCAGCCACUGGCAACGGGUCAAGGGUCACAGGGUCACAGACUUAGACACAAGGGCUUGUGGUUGUUGGUUAUACUCUUGCUGUGCUUGAUGCUGGCAUUAAAUGUGAUAUUAUUACUUAAGCUCUGGAGGCUGGAGGAACGCAUUGACGUGGAUCUCAAUCGGCGGGCCCGCAUGCCCAGUUUGGCGGCCUUGAGUGAGCUGCCGAGCACGAAUCAGGAAUGGCUGGAACUGCUGCGCGACCAGGAGAUGGCGCACGAGAACGAGUGGCACAAGUGGCAACAGGUGCUCCAAACUGCCAUCGAGCUGCUGAAAAAGACUGAAAGAACUUUGGCUGAAAUCAUUGUACGCUAGCAGUAAAAUUAUUUAACAAUAUGUGCGAGUAGAAUGAGUCCAAUCCAAUUGUCUUCGACAAGUUAGCAAAACACCCAAAAAACGUUUUUUGGGCCAAGAGCAAAGCCACCAAAAAAUCUGAAAAUGAAUUUAAAAUUCAAUUAACAUUUAGUCACAAACCCAACACACUUUGAAAAACAAUUAAGAACACAAACCAAUAUGUUUGUAUACAUAUGUACGAUUAUGUUUAAAUGGUAAGAAAAGCGCAGUGUAAUUUAUGAUCUAAGUAGCUGCAUUUUAGUUAGAUUAGGGCAAUUGUUUUGUUUUUAUCACGGCAUUUACGUGUAGCACCUGUUUGCUUGGCUUUGCUUCAGACAAAUGUAUCUACAAAUCCUCAAGUAUUUCAUAUCUCACAAAACAUACCAAAAACCGAAACAAAUCAAGAGAGAGCGCCCUGAAUUUUUGUUUUAGAAAAUUCAUUUACAUGUCGAGCAAGCGCAAAACUGGCAAACUGGAGAGUAUAUAACUAUAACUAUAAUUAUAAUUAUAACUAUAACAUAAUUGCCAGUCCAUGGCUAGGGGAAAUUUGAUAAAAGCGAUUAUACAAAAUA